AUGGACCAGCAGCACUUCAAUAACUACUACGGCUACACCCCAAAGUCAUCCGCCGAUAUCUACGCGGCCGCUUCACCAUUUCUUCCUCCUGCUCCAUACCCCCAUUAUGCUUCGCAUCCACCGCCUGCCCGUGAGGAUGGAGUAUCGGCUCUGCCUGGUGGAACGCUUUUGCACAAGGGCUUCUAUGAUCUACUUGCAUUGAUACCUUCGACGGCAACGGCGUCUCGUUUUCUGUGGGGCGAACCGCAACAGAAGAUUGAGGAACAAACAGUGGCUGGACCCAAAUACGAAGACAUAUCACCUCGCUCACCAACUAGACCUGGACCUGGACUGCCUACACCAGGCUCGCCGAAUGCAUCACCUCGCAAAGGGAGACGGCUCAGCAAGGACAUGGUUUCCAAGCCAAUGAAUUUUGUUCACCUGGUCCAUGCAUCGGAUGCCGACCAGGCGGAAGCACUUCUCAGUAGAUGGGGCCCUGACGGGAUGGGAAAAAUUGGAGAUCCUCGUUGGGCGGGCCCCAUCAAGCUUCGUGUCCGCCAGCAUGUCCAAGCUAAAGCUGUGAAUGAGGUUGUUAAUGCCCUUAAUCCUUCUUUGAGUAGCGAUGCGAGUGUCCUUAAGGCACCCCUUAGAGUCAUGAAUGGAAUGAGCACGCCUACGGCGUCUACGAUCACUACCGCCGCAACUGCGGGAACUCAGAUUUCGAGUCGCCCCUCGCCUGUGGAGGGCCUUCCGAGAAACUCUACUCUGCGUGCAAUGGGAGGUCUUAAAACACACCCCGAGCAUGAGGACGAAGAUGAUCCGACUAUAGGCGAAAAAGAGAUGCCAGAGAUACCCCAACAACGCACACCAAGGGCUAUAAGCCCCUCGUUGCAAACACUAGAGAAGGCUGUUGCGGCUAAAAUCUACUUCGAGAAUUUGUACUUUCCACUUCUCCGUCACCCACCCUCGCGUGAACAGCGUCGGCUUGCCAUGGAGCGCGAGAUGGAAGAAAUGCGAUUGAGCGAAGACCGGAAAGCGGAGCUCCGAAGGCGAUGGAGGCAGAACGAAACAGAAUAUCUAAGGGACCGUCGCCGCAAAGUUGACGUCUCGACCUUCGUGACGCUUAAGACAAUUGGUCAUGGUGCGUUUGGUGUGGUUUCGCUUGUGAGGGAGAAGACCACUGGCCAGUUAUGCGCGAUGAAGCAGCUCCGGAAGACGGAUAUGCUCCGUAAAGGCCAGGAAGGACACGUCCGUGCUGAAAGAGACGUCCUUAAGUCUGCCUCCUUGGUCAAUAAUCCCGGCGGGGCCGAGUGGAUAGUCAGGCUGUUCUAUAGCUUCCAGGAUCGUGACCAUCUUUACCUAGUCUUGGAGUAUAUGGGCGGCGGUGAUUUGCUGAACUUGCUGAUUGAGAAGGACGUAUUCGAAGAGGACUUUGCUCGCUUCUAUAUUGCAGAGAUGGUUUUGGCAAUCGAGUCUUGUCACAAGCUUGGUUUCAUACAUAGAGACAUCAAACCAGACAAUUUUUUGUUCGAUCCACAGGGCCAUAUCAAACUGAGUGACUUUGGUUUAGCGACCGAUCUUCAUUGGGCGCAUGAUACCUCCUAUUACGAGCAACAGCGGCGCGACCUUCUGCACAAAUACGGCAUUGACCUGGACGAUGGAAACGGUUCAUCUGAUGGCACUAAGACCAAGCGUUUGGAUCGUAAGGAAGUCAACCGGCUCAUGAGUGGCGAGAAUGGUGAGGGUAUCUUCACAUGGCGUGAAAAGAACAGGAAGAAGCUGGCAUACUCUGUCUGCGGCACUAACUCUUACAUGUCCCCUGAAGUCAUUCGAGGACAUGGUUAUACUUUCUCUUGUGACUGGUGGAGUCUAGGGGUGAUCAUGUUUGAAUGCCUAUACGGAUUUCCACCGUUCGUCAGCAACUCCCGCCACGUUACUCGUCAAAAGAUAUUAAAUUGGAAGCAAUCAUUGAAAUUCCCUGCGAGGCCACGCGUAUCGCACGAGGGAAUUAAUCUGAUGCAACAGCUACUGUGCGAGCCCGAAGACCGACUAGGGUCUCAGGCAUCGUCAUCUGUAUCCAGACCAAACUCAAUGGUGGUGCAGGCCCGACGGAGUGGGUUCAUACUGCCAGAUAUGAGAGCUGGCAAGAGUGUAGACGGGGCCGAACAUAUAAAGGCUCAUCCUUGGUUCAGGGGGAUAGACUGGGCAAACAUUCACCGUUACCCUGCUCCUUUCCGACCGGAAUUACAGAACCCUGAAGACACGAGACAUUUUGAUGAUGAUAUUCCUGCAGAACCUUUGGCUCCUGCUAAUGGGGCACCCCCCGACGCCACAAAGGACCCGCUUCUUCGGGAUAAGGUACAUGGCGCUGAGAUUCUGAACGUGAGAAAAGCACUUGCCUUCGCCGGAUUCACGCACAAGAGUCCUCGCGCUAUAACGUACCUUCGCGCUGACCACGCCUUUGGAGAAAAUCUCUCCAACGAUGACGCGGGAGAAGACAGGGGCCGCUCGACCGUUAGGGAGACACGGUCCAUUCUUCGUUCUCGAGCAAUGUCACUGUGA